AUGGGGAAAACUUCAGCAGAUCAUGGACAUGAAGGCUGUGAAACUGAGCAGCCAUUGCAUGUCGAAGAGGCUGUGAAUGACGUCCAACCUGCUGUAUUCGCGUGGCAACAAGUCCUAAUUAAGAAUAAAUUCUUACAACAAGAGCUUCCAUUUGUUCAAGUAGCCCAAUUCACCGGAAUCCAAGCCGUCCUCGACAGCGUGGCUUCCGCAAAAAGGAUUCAUUUCAUUGAUUUUGGAAUUAGAAGUGGAAUGAACGCAACAGUCUUGAUACAAGCUCUUGCUGUUCGACACAGGGUCGGCCCUGCCCUAAGACAGAAAUUCGCCUUAGGCCCCGACGAACUCAGGGCCGGCCUGGUUCGACAUGAAUGCCCAGUUGAGCUUCUUAAGGUAACUGAUGUCGCAACAACCUCAGAACUGGCUGUGGAGGAGACGGGUAAGAGGCUUUUGUCUUUUGCAGACACAAUUAACCUACCCUUUUUUUUUAAGGCAGUUUUGGUAUCAGACAUCAAAGAUCUCAAUGAAGAUGUUUUUGAGGUUGAGGCCGGUGAAGCCAUUGUUGUUUACUCUCCAUGGUUCUUGAGGAACAUGACAUCGAGGCCUCAUCGCUUGGAAGCUCUAAUAAGAGUGAUUAGAAACCUAUCUCCAUGUGUGAUGGUGGUGACCGAAAUAGAUGCAAAUACAGAUGCACCGACAUUCAUGGACCGAUUUGUGGAAGCACUGUUUUUUUAUGGUUCACAGUUUGAUUGCCUCGAGGCUUGUAUCAAUCGGUGCAACCCCAUGAGGAUUAAAAAUGAAGCAAUGUACAUGAAGUAUGGGAUUCAUAACACUGUGACAACUGAGGGUGAGGAGAGGACAACCAGGCACAUGAAGGUUGAUGCUUGGAGCGAAUUCUUUGGGAGGUUUCAAAUGGUUGAAAAAGAACUGAGCAGUGCAUGUUUUUAUCAGGCAAGACUGAUAGUUAAUAAGUUUGCUUGUGGAAGUGGCUGCACAUUUGAUAUGAAUGGGAAUUGUUUGCUUAUUGGGUGGAAAGGAACACCAAUUUCUUCUCUUUCUGCUUGGAAGUUCCUCCAAGAGGAAUGA